UAUCCGACCCGUUGAGGCGUUGACGGCGUCUCCUUUAUUAUUAUCCCCCAACAUUCAACCUUGCAACUGAAAUCAGAAACCUUGGGGUUUUACCUUUACUUUCCGCUGUGGUGUACUCUCGCUAAACUCUUCGCUCCCAAAAAUCUUUGUACAUGGUUGGGUGAUUCCAUGGAGAUAUAUGGUGUUUUCGAACCUCUGACCCCAGCAAAGCCAGUUCCAGCUAGGUCUGGACAUAACACUCAGGUAGCAUCAACUUCUGGACGAGGGACUGAAAAGGAAAAUAUAAAUGAUGAAUUUCUAUGUACAAGUUCUUUGGGUACUACAGAAUAUCUGGAAGAUAAUGGAAAUAAGGGGUCUUCUGUUUUGGGUGUAGCUGGAAAGGAUCCUAUAAGUACUACAACUGAUCAAAUUUCUUUUUGUGCAGAUAACACAAGUUGUAUACAAGAGGAGACAAAGAGUAAUGAGUCACAAUAUGGUAUCGACAACUCAAUUCCUUCAGUUCCUUCUCCAUCUGAGACAAAAGAUAGUAGGAAGAGGCGUAACAAUGGCAUUGACUUAAACAAGAAGCCAAAUAAAAGAACCCGAAUGAAAAAACAUAGGCCUAAAGUAUAUGAUGAUAGUAAGCCAAAAAAAGUCCAAAAACCUAAAACCCCAAAACCUAAAACCCCAAAACCCAAAACCCCAAAACCUGUAACUCCAAAUCGUGUACAUGAAAAGAGUGUUCGUUCAAGAAAGGAGAAAUUCAAAGAACCAACAAGUUGUAUGCAAAAGUCAACCAGUUAUGUUGACCAAAUAGAUUCUCAUCAUAUGUCAAAACUACAUGAAGAAGCCAUUUGUAUGCAAAACACAAUGAAUUAUAACAUUGAAGAUGUGGAACAAGCUUCUAGGGUUUCAAGAAAUGCUCUUAUUCCAAUGAUUCCAUGCAAACGUCGUUUGGAUUUAAACUAUGAAGGAGAAUCAAAAUCACAUGAUAAACAUCUGAGCUUUAAUUUUGACAAUGGAGAUUAUGACUUUUUUGGUAGGAUUGUUACUUCUAAGAGAAAUACAAAAAGGAGAAGUAGGUUUCAGAAGAAGAGUGUUGAACUUGAAGUUUCAGAGGAUUUGUUGGGUGAUAAUAACAACAAGCAACAUUGUGGAUUGGAUUUUUCGGUUAUAGAAAACUUGAAACAAACUAAAAAACAUGUUAGAAGGUUUGUUUAUGUCUAUAAAUGCCAAAAGAAAAGAAAUUCAAAGACAUCUACCUUGCAAGUAAACCAAAGGAAGUGUAGAUUAGAUCAGUGUCUACAAAGUAGUAGAAAAAGUGGACCCAAUUUUCCAAAACUUUUCAAGAAACAAAGGAAGAUGAGAAAAAAGGUGACUAUAAAUCCAAAUUGGCUGCUCAAGUUUCUUGAUAAUAACAAGAAGAAGAAAGAACCACAUAAAAAACUCAAGAAAAAAGUGGCAAAAAACAAUCUUCUUCUUCUUCCUAUUUUUUCACCCAUGAAAAAGAAGCGAUCUAUAUUGCAGACUCGUAGAAGAGAGAAUCUUGUUGACUUUCCUAUUUCUAAAGCAAUAUCUCUUUAUGAUGAAAGAUUCCUUUUAUGUCAAGAGGAAAAUUUUCUUCAAAUGACUGAAUGCCUCCCACUACAAGAGGUUCCUAUUCAUCAAAUUGACAGUUUUACCUCUCUACCCCUGCAUGUUCAAGGAGUUGAAAACACUCUUGCUGCUUUAGAUUGGCUCCAAGCACAAGAGGUCCCACUUCUUGAAAGUCAAAGUUUGAAAAAAGACCGAAAUCGUAAAAGUCAAAGUAGGAAAAGAGACCAAAGUCGUAAAAGUCAAAGUUUGAUACCCAAACAAAAAGAUAGUAAAUUGUAUUUAAGAGAAAUGACAAAGAUUAUAACAAAGAAGUUAGCAAAACUAGACAUAAAUGCUGAAUGCAAGGCGAUUGUGGUAAGAAAUAAUGACAAUAGGGCCCUUGUAAAGACAAAACCUAAGAAAGAAAAAGAAAAAGAAAAAAAGAUUCUUGUAAAGGUUGACCUUGAUGAAGAGUCGGAGAGAGUUUGGAAAAUUGUAAUGGAGAAUGAUGGAAGUCAACCCUUUGAAGAAAUGGAUAAUGAUAAAAAAGAAUGGUGGGAAAGACAAAGAAAUAUAUUUCGUGGAAGGGUUGACUCAUUUAUUGCCAAAAUGCAUCUUAUUCAAGGUAAUAGGCGAUUUUCACCAUGGAAAGGUUCAGUGGUGGACUCAGUGGUUGGUGUUUAUUUAACUCAAAAUGUAACGGAUCAUCUUUCGAGCUCUGCUUUCAUGUGUCUAGCUGCAAGAUUUCCAGUCAAAUCAAAAAACAAAGAAGUUGUUGACCAUGAUGAAGAAGUCAACACUAGUCAAGAAUCAGUCAAAAGUAAUACAGAAAUAGUUGAAGGGUUCUCCAAUAAUAACAAAAUGGAGGAAAAUAUGAGUAUUUCAUAUGCUGAUGAGAUCAAUAUGAUUCCAACCAAGAACAAAGAAGUUGUUGACCAUUUUGAAGUCAACAUUAGUCAAGAAUCAGUCAAAAAUAAUACAGAAAUAUAUGAAGGGUUCUUUAAUAAUAACAAAAUUGACCAAAAUACAAUUACUUCAUAUGAUAAUGAAAUCAAUGUGACUCAAAAUACACAGCUUAGCCAAACAGAGGCCUCAAAUCUUGAAGAUAAAUCAUGCAUUGAUGAAAAUCCAAAAAGUUUCCGGAACCUUCUAGACCUAAUUGAGGUGGACUGUCUUAGAAACUUCUAUAACAUCGAUGAAUCAGCACUAGAUGAGUGCAAAGUUGUAGAAGAGUCACCCCUUGGAGAAGAAAAGUCAAAGAGCAAAGAAAGUGAGGCUUCGAAUCUUGAAGACAAAACAUUUGUUGAUGAAAGUCUAAAUACCUUCCGGAAGGUUCUAGAGACAGAGGAGGCCGAUUAUCUCAAUAACUUUUGUAGCAAGUCAGCACUAAAUGAGAGCCAUGUUCAAGAAAAGUCAACCCUUGAAGAAGAAAAGUCAACCCUUGAAGAGGAAAUGCCAACCCUUGAAGAGGAAAUGCCAACCCUUGAACAAGAAAAGUCAACCUUUGAAGAAAAAAAGUCAACCUUUGAAGAAGAGCCGAGAAUUGUUGCUCCAAUUUCUAGUCUCCAAUCCAAAAUCAUCAUGGAACAGGGAGUCAAAGUGGUCAACAACCAUGAGAGCAACAAAAAAGGAAAGUCAACCAUUGAAGAAGAAAAGUCAACUAUUGAAGAAGAGGCAAGAAUUGUUGCUCCAAUUUCUAGUCUCCAAUCCGAAAUCAUCAUGGAACAGGGAGUCAAAGUGGUCAACAACCAUGAGAGCAACAAAAAAGGAAAGUCAACCAUUGAAGAAGAAAAGUCAACUAUUGAAGAAGAGGCAAGAAUUGUUGCUCCAAUUUCUAGUCUCCAAUCCGAAAUCACAAUGGAACAAGGAGUCAAAGUGGUCAACAAGAAAAAAGGAAAAAAGAAAAGCAAGAAAGAACAAAAAGAGGAAGUGAAAAUAGAUUGGGAAAAAUUCAGAGAAAUUUAUUCCCAAAAUGGAAAAAAAGAAAUUAAUGAAAAUUUCAUGGAUGCAGUUGAUUGGGAAGCAGUUUAUAAUACUCCAGUUCAAGAAAUUGCUAAUCUUAUAGUUGAACGUGGAAUGAAUAACGUGUUAGCCAUAAGAAUAAAAGACUUUUUAAACCGAAUGGUUAAAGACCAUGGAUCUAUUGAUCUCGAGUGGUUAAGAGAUAUCCCACCAGAUAAAGCAAAGGAGUUCUUGUUGAGUAUACCGGGAAUCGGUUUAAAAAGCGUGGAGUGUGUACGCCUUCUAACACUACAUCAUAAUGCUUUUCCCGUUGACACAAAUGUUGGACGGGUGGCCACACGUCUAGGGUGGGUCCCACUUCAACCUCUCCCAGAACAAGUUCAAAUUCAUCUCUUGAACUCAUACCCAAUGGUGGACACAAUUCAAAAAUACCUCUACCCUCGACUAUGCACUCUCGAUCAAAAAACAUUGUACGAGUUACAUUAUCAGUUAAUCACAUUUGGAAAGGUGUUUUGCACAAAAUUAAAUCCAAAUUGUAACGCGUGUCCCAUGCGAGCUGAAUGCAGACAUUAUGCAAGUGCUUUUGCAAGUGCUAGGCUUGCACUUCCCGGACCAAAAGGAAGUAGUACUGUAACCACCGCAAUCAUACCAGCACCAGCACCAGCACCACCGCCGCCAACAUUGCCGCCAGUAGAACCACCGCCACCACUGGUGGUUGCUGACAUGGACAUGAAGGACUGUGAUUCAAAUUCCUAUGUUGAAAAUUGUGAACCGAUAAUUGAAAUUCCUCCAUCUCCAGAGCCUUAUGUGGAAGUGAAAUUGCCUGAUAUUGAAGAUUAUUUUUGUGAAUCAGAAGAUGAAAUUCCAACCAUUAGAUUAAGCACACAGGAAUUUGAGGAGACAUUGAAGGAGACGAUAAAUAAGAAGAAUAAUUUGUCGUUUCCUGAGACUGAUGACGUGUCAAAUGCUAUUGUUGCUUUGAGUCGUGAAGCUGCUUCUUUUCGUGUAAGAGUAAGACCUAUAAAGCAUACAGGAAAGUUGAGGACUAUACAUAUUGUAUAUGAGCUCCCGGAUUUUCAUCCGAUUUUGGCUGGGUUUGAUGAAAGGGAAGAAGAAGAUCCAUCGCGAUAUCUUCUUGCCAUAUGGCCAGAAAUCAGUUCAUCCAAAAAUAUAGAAGAAGAAACAGUUAAAGGAACAAUACUGAUACCUUGUAGAACUGCAAAUAGAGGGAAAUUUCCUCUCAAUGGGACAUAUUUUCAAGUUAACGAGGUAUUUGCUGAUGAUGAAACUAGCGAUGUUCCAAUGGAUGUUCCAAGACAUUUUCUAUGGAAUUUAUCAAGGAGAGAUUUAGCUUGUGGGACAUCCGCAACAUCGAUAUUUAAAGCCUUAUCAACCGGUGAUAUUCAGCAUAUUUUUUGGAGAGGAUCGAUAUGUGUGAGAGGAUUUAAUAGAAAAACAAGGCAACCUCGACCUCUUCAUCGUAGGUUUCAUGUUUCAACAAUUGUAAAUUCAACUGGGAACAAGAAAACACCCAAAAAAUGAAGUUAUUAAGUGAUUGGACUAAAACUAAUUGUUCUAACGUAAGAGUAGGGAAAGUGUAGGGGCUGAUUUGUGCAUGUGAAUGUAAAUAAUAAAUAUAUAUUACAUUAGGUAUCAAUUAUUCUCAUCCUUUAUGAUUUA